AUGCCCACUAUCAUCGCACGGCAGCCUGCAUGGCUGGAUCGCAAUACACCUGCCUUCGACUUCUUCCAAACCGGCCAGACAGGACAAAACGCUGGCGAUCGAGACAGAUAUGCACCGUCGAGGAAGAUUGCACACAGGGGAACGGAGAUAUUCGCUGUCGUAGGGAAYGAACUCAGGUGGAGUGACUUGAGUUUGUUGAAAGAUGCCGGUAGCAGUAGCAGCGGCGGGAGAGACCAACAACCAGCGUACAAGGUCUUGAAAACACCGGCAUACAAUGCCAUUCAACAAGUGACCAUAUCGCCCUCGGGAGAUCUCCUCGCAGUUCUGACCUCCCACACGUGCCAUGUCUGUGUUAUUCCUUCGCAUGAGCAUCUCAGCUUCCAGGACCAGCAGCCGCUGAAGUURCGCUCCUUCCAGCUUGGUCCGACCGCUCAUGUCGUUGAUCAGGCGCCAUUAGUGAGCGCCAUCUGGCACCCGCUCUCGCCUUCUGGCAAUGGUCUGGUCACCGUAACCAAGGAUGCGGGAGUCCGCUUGUGGGAGCUGGACAUUAACAAUCGAAGCUCCUUCAACGAGCCCGCGUUAGCUGUGGAUCUCAAGAAACUAAGCAAUGCCUCGACUGUCCGCGAGGACUUCAGCGCCAGCAAGUAUGGAGUCAACAAGGGUUAUUCUGCAGACGAUGUGGAGAUGCAGGUGGCAGGCAGCUGUUUUGGAGGAACCGGCGCAGAAGAUGAAGAUGGUUGGUCAAGCAUGACGCUCUGGAUCGCCAUGACCGAAGGCGAUGUCUACGCGCUGUGUCCAUUCUUGCCCGCGAAAUUCUGGGCUCCUGCGUCUCUUCUGCCCACUCUGAGCACCAGCAUCGUUGCAAAGACGAAAGUCUUGGAUCAAGAUCGACAGGUCUCGGAGCUGGAGCGACGCAUUGCGCACCAGCAAAGUAAUUGGCUCGCGGACCUCGAUGAACAAGACCCCACCACCAUCCCCGGAGACACAAACAACAUGGACGUUUUCUCCCGCCCCGAACGACCAGGCGCGGUGCCGAGAUUGCAAGGUCCAUUCCAGCUGACACCCGAUGCGGAUUUCGGAGAGAUAACAGACAUUCAUGUCAUCGCGCCAAAGCUCAACGAUGAGGAUCUUUUCGACGAUGAAGAUGAUUACGCGGAGCUAGGGCUUGAUGAGGGUCUAAGCGUGGGAAUCAUCUGCUUGGCAACGGAGACGAGCAAAGUGCAUGUCUGCUUGAAUACCGAGGGCGUUGAGGCGGAGUGGCUUCCUUCCAGACGAUCACGAACACACCUGCCGCAGGACGAAGACGACGUCAAGGAACUCCUGCUUUUCGAGACGAUUGAUCUUGCACACGGCGAUCAAGCCUCAGCUGGACAAUCGUGGCCGACCUUCACGGCAUCGCCUGCGGAUCGCUACGAGCUAUUCACCGCACAACCUUCUGGGGUAUACGCCAUCUCCUUAAGGUCGUGGAUAGGGGACCUCGAGAACGAACUUUCGGCGCCACAAGUAGAUUCCACCAAAGGUAUUGCGUUCAGACUAGGCGUCUUUCUCGAGUCCGCCAGCUCGAUUGUCGAGACUAUUCUGCAAUUUGCCGAGCCGCAGCAGGAUUUCAAUGCCGCUCUUGCCAUCCUGUCCCAGUACUCUGAUCCCGGUUUCGUUGUGUUGACUACCGCUUCAAGCAAACCAUUGGUAGCUAUACUGGAUGUUCCGACUGGAGGGGCCCAACCUUUUGCACCGGAGGCCGUCACAUCAACUCGUCCCGUCACGAACCUAGAAUCGCGAGCACCCUACCAGCCGGACGACAUCUUCUUCCGACCGUCCGGUYUUCCCGCACAACUUGAAGCCUGGCGCCGGGAGAGCGCGACUGGGUCCGCUGGAGACGUCAAGGGGCAGAUAAGGUUCUCCCCGUACACUCUCCAAAAGGUUACGGAAGCUCACCGCAUCCUCAGCAGUGAAACAUACGCACUCGGUAUUGUUGUUGGAGAUCUCUUCAGACGCUGCGAAAGAAUGGUGAACGAAAUGAGAGCUCAAAUCGAGAAGGUCCGGGAGCUUUCCAAUCGUGUCAACAGCGUCACUGGCGAGGAUGAAUUUCCUGAGCAGAGAGCCGGCCAGCCCGAGCUGAUUCGCGGCGGGAGGUAUAGAAUGCAAGCGCGAAUCGAACAAAGACAGGCGAAGACGGAGGAACUCAAGGAACGAGUGGGGAGGUUGCGAAGCAAGAUGCGAGGACUGUCAGGGAAAGAGCUUUCAGCGAAAGAAGAGGCGUUCCUGCAGGAAGUGGAGAGAUUGCAGAGAAGCGUUCUCCCCCCCGCAAAAUCGACGACGCCGGAGGGGUCACUACAUAUGGGCGACAGCGAGCCUACGGAUUCCCUGGUGCUAGAGGGAGAUCAGGAGUCGAUCGUGGCGCGAUUCACGGCUGUACAGCAGGUCUAUAAGCAGCUCGCAGCGCAGGCGGCCGCGGUGCAGAGAAAAUUGGACGCCACAGCUGGCUCUGAACGCCGAUCGACAUCUUCGAAUUCGCAGCCUGAUUUCCGGCAGCGAAAGCUUGAUAAUGUUUGGAUGCUUUUGGAGAGGGAGACGGCUUUGGUUGAUGCUGUAAGCGAAAGGUUGGAGAAAUUGAAGAUGGCCGCUAUGUAA